AUGCUAAACUCCACCUCCAAGCACGUCCUGCACUGUGUGCUACUGUUCGGGCUGCUGUUCGCGUUCGAGAUCUAUUGCGGUGGCAUCAAGGUGAAGGAGAAUUCGUUCGUCGCGAUCGACCCCUGGGAAGAGUAUGGCACCUGGACGAUCUUGCUGUACAUGCUGCGGCUGCUCACGUUUCUAACGCUGCCGCAGGUGCUGUUUAACUUUUUCGGGCUCGUCAUAUACAACGCCUUCCCGGAGAAGGUGAUCGUGAAGGGUUCACCGCUGCUCGCACCGUUCAUCUGCAUUCGGGUCGUAACGCGGGGCGACUACUCCGAGCUGGUGAAGACGAACGUACAGCGAAACAUGAACACCUGUCUCGAUACCGGGCUGGAGAACUUUCUGAUCGAGGUGGUCACGGACAAACCGAUCGGGCUGCCAAAGCACCGGCGGACGCGCGAGAUUGUAGUACCGAAGGAGUACAAGACAAAGACGGGCGCCAUGUUUAAGGCGCGCGCGUUGCAGUACUGUCUGGAGGAUACGGUGAACGUGCUGAAUGACAACGACUGGGUGGUGCAUCUGGACGAGGAAACACUGCUGACGGAGAACAGUGUGCGUGGUAUUAUCAACUUCGUGCUGGACGGGAAGCAUCCGUUCGGGCAGGGUUUGAUAACGUACGCGAACGAGAAUGUGGUCAACUGGUUGACGACGCUUGCCGAUAGCUUUCGCGUGUCGGACGAUAUGGGGAAGCUGCGUCUGCAGUUUAAGUUGUUCCACAAACCGUACUUCAGUUGGAAGGGCAGUUACGUGGUAACGCAGGUCCAUGCGGAGAAGGCAGUCUCGUUCGAUAACGGCAUCGAUGGUUCGGUGGCAGAAGAUUGCUUCUUCGCUAUGCGUGCCUUCGCUCAGGGCUACACGUUCAACUUCAUCGAGGGUGAGAUGUACGAGAAGUCCCCGUUCACGCUGAAAGACUUUCUUCAGCAGCGUAAGCGCUGGCUCCAGGGCAUCUUGCUCGUAGUCCGAUCCACCUCGAUUCCGGUGCGCAACAAGAUCCUGCUAGGCAUCAGCUGCUACUCGUGGAUCACGAUGCCACUGACCACGUCCAACAUGAUCUUUGCCGCGAUCUUUCCCAUCCCCUGCCCGAACCUGAUCGACUUCGUAUGUGCAUUCAUUGUCGGUUUCAACAUCUACAUGUACGUGUUCGGUGUGAUCAAAUCGUUCUCGCUGUACCGGUUCGGGCUUGUGAAGUUUCUUGCGUGCGUCCUCGGCGCCUUGUGCACCAUCCCAAUCAAUGUCGUAAUCGAGAAUGUGGCCGUCAUCUGGGGGCUAGUUGGGAAGAAGAACAAAUUCUACGUGGUGCAGAAGGAUGUGCGGGCGCUCGUUACGGUUUAA